AUGAAUAAAUUUACUUUAAAAUUUGAUGAUAAAAUAUUAGAAGAAUAAUAUUAAAAAGUUAAACUGUCUAAAAUUAGAAAACCCAUUUAUUUGGGAUUGUUAUUACUAUGUUUUUGUAUGAUGAGUUCAAAUGCCAUAUUAAGCUUGUUUACAUCAUAAUAACAGACUUUAAAAACAUAUAUAAAUUAUUCUUACCUAAUAUUUAUGGUCUUUUAAGCUAUUAUAGUAUACAAAAGACCUCAUUUAAUUAAAUACUUAUUGGCAAUUUCAAAUAUUGCCACAGGAUUAUUGCAAUUUAAUUUUAAUGAAUCAACCCCAGCCUAAAUCUACUAUGAUUAAAGUUCUUCAUUUACUUAGUUAUAAGCAGUUGCAUAUUUCAUAUCUGAUUUCAAAGAUGGAGUGAUACAAGUUGUAGCCUUGCUCUUUAUGAGAUUUAUGAUUACCUCAAUUAAAAUAGAAAAUGUGGAUUUGCAGACUGUGUUAAUAGGAAUUGCAUCAACAUCAUUUAUUUUAGUUACCUUAUAUGUAAAUGAUUAAAAUUCAAGAAAAGAAUUUUUAGGAAGUAUUUCAGAAGAUUUAUGGGAUCAUUCUUUAUCCAUCCUUAUUAAAAAACCUCAUUUUAGGGUGUAAUACAAUAAGGAAUAUAUGAAAAUAGAUUUAAUAUCAUCAAACUAAUUAUGUGAUUUCCCAGGUUAUGAUGAAAAUUUAUGUGAAGGAUGUAAUAGUAGAUAAUUAUUACAUUUAUAUUAAUACAACAAAUAUAAUUUAUCUGAUUUUAUUCUAGAAUAAGCUUAGACAAUUUAAAAUUAAAUAAAAGUUUAAUAUAAACAUCAUUCAUUUCAAUUAAGAAUAGUAUGUGUUGGAAUAAAGAAUUUAAAUAUAGUAGUAAUUUAUGAAAAAACUACAAGUAAUGUAAAUGAAUAAAUAGUUCCAAUAAAAUUAAGAAAUUUAAUUUUUCAAUAUAUUUAAUCAUAAUCAUAAAAAACAAUUUAUUAAAGGUUAUUUAAUUAAGGUUUAUUAUCAAUUUUAUUAAUUAAUAAAAUGAAAUUAAAAGAAGUGGAAAUUACAAAAAUGUUCAAGAAAUUAAAUAAAUAAUUUAAAUAUACAAUGAAACCCAUUAAAAUACUUCCAAAGAAUAUAAAUUUUAAAUUUUAUACUUAUUCUUCAUAAUUGAAAAUACUUUUAGUUUAAAUAUUUUAAAUCUUUGAUUAAAUCUCAAAAAAAAGAAUAUCUAUAUUAUUUUAAGAUUUAGAAGAUUGUAUUUUAAUGUAAAUUAAAUUUAAAUAAAGUUAAGAAAGAAAUCUGAACCUCUUAUUUCUUAGCUUUUAUAGCAAGAAUAUAUUUAUAUAAUAAAUCAAAUCACUCUUGUUAUUUAAUGAAUUAAAUUUAGAUUUGCAAAUACAAUUCAAAAAACACAUUCCAUACUAAUUAAUAUAUUGA